AUGCCGCGAUGGCGGCGCGAGUACGAGCGCGACUGGCGCGACUACACGAGGCAAGUGAUCGCCCAUCGCUUUGGCGCGUACGCACUUGAGUGCUCUCCAUCUGUUGCUCCCUCUGACGAGCAGCUACUGCAAGACGUUUUGAUGACAGCAGGCAUCGCCCACGUUUCGCGGAGUCCCAGUGUGUGGGCUGCGCCUGUCCCGGCCUUAUCGCCAUCGCUUUCGAUACCUAACGCGUCUUUCGUAUUUGAAGAGUCGUACGUCUUUAACACUCCGCCUCCUUUCGAUGACUGGAGCGAGUUCCCAGCUUUCGGCGCGGAGGAGUUUAGGUCCCACUCGACGCCAGGACGACGAGCUAGCGCCUCGCAGCGAUUACAGUUGCGAAUGGCUGACGUGUCGCCAAUUGUUGGAACUCGGAGAUCAUCUAUUGAACGUGCAAGAACCAUCUCUCCGCUUUCAGCAGCAGCACCUACGUCGCCUUGGACGUCGGGACAGUGGACUGGAAAGACACGGCAAACACGUCGGAUUUCACUUGAGUCAAGCUGUAGGGACAAAGAGCUGGACGUUUCGUUGCAUUCGUUGCACUUGAGUGAGGAUGAAGAGAGUUUUUGUGUAAUGGAUGAAGGAGAGGUAGAAGGUACGCAAGUGACCGAGAUACUGGAAGGUGAUGAGAAAGAGGGAAAGGAUGUGGUGGUGCAGGGACUGAAAGGCAGAAAAGAGGUUCAAGAAGUGCAACAUGUCAGGAAUGUGAAAAUAGACGCUGAUGAACCAAAUGCUCGAGUGCGUGCAGUGGAGCAGCAUGGUAAAGCGGAAGGUACACAUGCCUCUCAACGGCCGGGUUUCCGCAGUCGUAACGAAGAUGAAGAUAUAAGACACGAUGAUGUCGAAGAAACGAACAAGCAAGUUGAUGCAAACGCUGUGAUUGAUGACCGAGGCGGGAAUGCAGACACGCCGCUCGAUGUUGAGGGCAAAGUCAAUUCAGUCAAUUUUUCUGACGGUAGUGACAUUUAUACAAAGGAGCCAGACAGGCAUUCAGAAGCUGACUUUGAGUUUGGAACGGGAAGUGAGUACGAUAGCGAGAACCAGCCACUUAUGCAUGUGGCACAAGAUGAGGCGACACAUCAUCGAUCGCAACGUGCAGCUGAAAGUCUACUUUAUACCAUUGACGCUGUUCAGGAUAUUACAGAACCAGAACCAGAAGAUGUCUGUGAUCGUACUAGGCAGCAAGACACUGAUGGGAUGUCAAGCCCAGUCCAUAUUCCCACUUCAACGAAGUGCAUUCGUGCAGUACAGCAAAACGGACCUGUGCUGACAAGUCAGUCAACUUGCGCUUCAUCGGCAGAGUCCGUAGUGAAAAAAGCAGUGUAUGUACCUACUACUGCACAGUCGACAAGAAAAGCAUCUUGUACGACAUCGACAGCUUUGUCGGCUAAUCGAAGCCUGACGUCGUCUGCGAAUGUAACAACGCCUGCUACGUCAACAGCUCUGCCAGCAAGGGAAGCUUUGCAUGCAUCUGUUGUUCGCUCAUUAACAAGCGAAGCAGCGCAGCAUUUCCCGACCACCGCUCCAGCACUUCGUGGGUCGGCAUCAUCGCGAAAACGUGCUAUCCGAGGUGCGCUGCUGCACACGAAGCUGCCGCUUCAGAUGGAGUACCGAUUUGCUAGCGACCGGCGUCAGCGUCAUAAACGCCGAAAAUCGUUAGCAGCCAAGCCAGGCGUGUUUCCAUACAUUGUGCCGGAACUUGUGAUUGAACUGAAGUCAUAUCAAAAGGAGGCACUACGAUGGAUGCUAGAAAGAGAGCGGGAACCUGGUGGUACCACCACUAUUGAUCGUCAACGGUGCGGUGGCACAACGGCUGUCGACGCGUUGAUAACGAAGGUGCGCGGUGGGAUAUUGGCAGAUGAAAUGGGCCUUGGUAAAACGGUAUGCUGCCUUGCUCUGAUAUGUGAAUCGUUGCGUCAGGCUCGAGCGGCUGACGCUCAAGCAAGCAAUGAGACUGGUAGUGAUGUUCCCCGGAUUAUUCCUCCGACGCUUAUCAUAACGCCGCUGUCUAUUCUAUCGCAGUGGGAACAAGAGAUUCGAGCAAAAACGAAUUUGAGUGUAGUGACUUACCAAGGUGCUGCGCGCAAGAGCUUCCACUCAUUCACGCAGUUCAUGGGAGCAGACAUUGUCCUGUCAACGUACGACACCCUUCGGCUUUCGGAGUGCAAAGUACGAAGUAAAGGCAGUGGCAAUGGUGGUGGCGGACACAAUGGCUGGGGUGCAGAAGAUGGAUGGCACCAAGCGCCACGCCUCGUUCCUCGACGUCAGAAAUCUGUAGCGACAUCGAGGCUGCACCAAGUGCAAUGGUUUCGAGUCAUUUUGGAUGAAAGCCAUCUCAUUGCAAAUGCUGGAUGCGGACGAGCACGAGCUGCGUUUACGCUCAGCAGUAAACGCCGUUGGUGUGUGACCGGAACACCGAUUCAAAAUCGAACAGCAGAUCUAGCAGCGCUGCUGCAAUUUGUUGGACUUGGUGAUCGGGCCCAUGCUUUAUCUGAACGGGAACUUGGAUUGCUUGUACCCCGCAUUGUUUUGCGUCGACUAAAGUCCACAAUGGAAACGCGUUCAGGGGCUCCUAUCUUGGAGCUACCAGAAAAGUCUGAAACGACUAUCGAGCUCGACUUUGCCUCAGAUAUUGAGCGUGUAUUGUAUUUACUGUUGUAUCGCUCCACAAAACGGCAAGUGCUGCGGUAUUUGCAGUCGAAGGAGGCAAAACGAAAAGCUCGUCAAGCUUCUUGUAUAAGCCUAACCGGGAUCGACACGGACCGACCUCUGUUUAUGCACGUGUUCGAGCUUAUCCUACGGCUACGGCAAGUGUGCAAUUCUUGUGCUCUGGUGACCGCAGACCCAUUAGCGGACGUUCGAAUGCGAGUAGAAAAGCUAGCUGGGAAUGAAGGACUCGAUGGCAUGUCUUCAUUCUCAGAGGCUGAGGCUGAAUUGCUGAAGCGAUUCCAGAAGCAGCGCUCGGGUGCGGAUAGUGACUUUGGACUCGGUUCAUUGGAGUCUACAAAACUGGCAGCACUGAUGAAGGAGCUGAAGAGCGUACGAGCUUGUCGAGAGCGAGUUUUGGUGAUUUCGCAGUGGACAAGUUUUCUGGACAUGAUAGGAGCACACCUGGAAGUUUACAAUGCGCAGUGUGAGGCAAGAGUUUCAUCCUUGAACGAUGCGCGAGAAACAGGCAAUGAGACUAUCGCGUUUGCUAAAUUAGACGGUAGGAUGUCUGCCAAGGAGAGAGAACAAGUGGUACGCAAUUUCCAGCAACAGGAAGACAGUUUCGACAGGGGAUCAGGUGUUGGUCCACCACUUGACGUACUCCUGCUAUCGUUGCGUACUGGUGGUCUCGGAUUGAACCUCACAGCUGCAUCGCACGUUUUCAUCAUGGAGCCUAGCUGGAACCCGAGCCUUGAACACCAAGCAAUCGAUCGCGCUCACCGUUUCGGCCAGACAAAGCAGGUGCGCGUUGUCCGCUUUCUUGUCAAAAGCUCGAUUGAGGAGCGUGUCAUGGCUUUGCAAACCAAGAAGCGCCAGCUGACGGCUACUUUCUUGGGGGAUAGCGAUGUCGUCUCCAGUACUAACAAGAACAGCAGACUUCGCGAGACAAGGCUGUCAACUCGAGAUAUUCGAACACUUUUCUUCACGCAGCAGGAGCAAGUUGAAGAAGCAGACUUGCGCCGUCUUGAUGGCAGAACUGGUCAUGCCCGCAGUGACGAUGCUGAAAGCAGCGACGGAGGUGUGACUUGCAUUGAAAUCAGUGACUGA